AUGACGAAAGAGUUAUUAUAUCGGGUGCUCACAGGUUCAUCUGAUGCAACGGUCCGCGUUUGGGAUGUUGCCACAGGAGAGUGUCUGAAUACACUGAUACAUCACUGUGAAGCAGUUCUGCACUUGCGUUUCAAUGACGGGAUUAUGGUCACCUGUUCCAAAGAUCGUUCGAUUGCUGUUUGGGACAUGGUGUCACCUCGCGAAAUCAAUCUUCGACGGGUUUUGGUCGGACAUCGGGCGGCUGUGAACGUUGUCGACUUCGAUGAUCGCUACAUAGUCAGUGCUUCAGGGGAUCGAACGAUAAAGGUACUAGUCGUAUUUUAUGAACUUUUUUUUAUUUCUGCAGAAGCGUUUUUGGUAUCUGUACUCGCUUAUCACGAAAGAGGUGCGCUUGCAGAAGUGCAAUUUAGGAAGUCCCACUUUCAAUCACGCUUACUGCGACACAAAUAG